AUGGCAGUUCUCGAGGAUUUGUGCCCUGCCUUGAAAUCAUUAGGAAGCUCUUGUGCGCGAUAUGUUGUGACACGAAUUGGGACACCUUGGCAAACCAUUCUCUCUGUUAAGAUGAUAUUUUACGUAGUGAUAUUCAGUCGUCACGGAAAAAUACGUUUAAAAAAAUGGUAUCACUUUUUCUCGGAGCGGCAAAAAACAUUAAUCUCCACUGAACUUACAACUUUAAUAUUAAGUCGUAAACGGUCAAUGUGUAAUGUUUUGGAAUUUGGGGAGCAUAAGGUUAUUUAUAAAAGAUAUGCAAGUCUUUACUUUGCUGCUGGAAUAGACUGGGAUGAAAAUGAAUUAUACGUAUUAGAAGUGAUACAUCGCUAUGUACAAGUGUUGGACGAGUAUUUUGGAAAUGUGUGCGAGUUGGAUAUCAUUUAUAAUUUUGAUAAGGCGUAUCAGGUUUUAGAUGAAUUGAUAAUGGGCGGGGAGAUGCAAGAACCAAGUCGAAAAGCUAUUGUUCGCCAUGUAACAGGUUUCGAAAAGUUCUGCGAACUAGACGUCAUAACAACAAAUCUAAAAAACACAGUAAUGUUGUCGUAG